AGGACAUGCCCCAAUGUGAUCUGUUGAUCAUUAUGGGAACUUCACUGGCUGUACAACCAUUUGCCUCAUUGGUUGAUCACGUCUCGGAAACUACACCACGUCUUUUGAUAAACCGCGAGAAAUGUGGACAGCGGGCAGUAAGUAAUGUUGGAAGUGUUUUGGAUUGAUAACGACUGAGGAGGUUCUCAAGCCCGGAAACUAAUGUGCAACUGACUAGUCCAGCAGAACUAUUUUUUUCUUUAAUCAUAGAUAUCAAUCAAAUCCUGGGUAGUCGAAUGUUUUUUCUUGUAAAACUUUCUUUUAGGGUGGCCAUCUCUUUAUGUUUGGUGGUGGUGGACUGAGAUUUGAUGAUCCCAAAAACUACAGGUGAUGUAUAUUGCGGUUUUCCUACAGGUCAGAAAGCUACACCCGUAAAAACGCACAAGUUGUCACAGGUCUGCCAACAAGUUGUAACAAAGUUGUUGUCACGCCGAUAUAUCAGGAUUUGCUUGUUCCCAGUCUAUUAACCGUGUUCCCAGUUGUUGUGACAAGUCUGCAACAAGUUAUUAUUACCUUGUUACAAGGUUGGUAACAAUGAUAGACUUGCUUUGUGACAAGUCUGCAACAAGUUAUUAUUACCUUGUUACAAGGUUGGUAACAAUGAUAGACUUGCUUUGUGACAAGUCUGCAACAAGUUAUUAUUACCAUGUUACAAGGUUGGUAACAAUGAUAGACUUGCUUUGUGACAAGUCUGCAACAAGUUAUUAUUACCUUGUUACAAGGUUGGUAACAAUGAUAGACUUGCUUUGUGACAAGUCUGCAACAAGUUAUUAUUACCUUGUUACAAGGUUGGUAACAAUGAUAGACUUGCUUUGUGACAAGUCUGCAACAAGUUAUUUUUACCUUGUUACAUGGUUGGUAACAAUGAUGAACUUGCUACAAGUCGUUCCAACAAGACUAAUACAGGCUGUUCGUAACAAGUUGCUACGAGCUGGUUGUCAUCAAUUUGUUAACAACUUGUUACGUGCAGACGAUAUCAGACUUCUUGGAACAACUUAUCGCGAGUCUGUUGGCCUCAUCAACUUUGUAACAAGAUGAUAACAACUUGUUGUCAACAUUAGGAACAAGCACAUCUCGUUGACAAGUGGUGAGAUUUUUACGCGUGUAGCUCUAGUACAAUAACGGCGUUAUCUAUGUAUUCCAGAGAUGUAGCGUGGCUAGGAUCUUGUGAUGAUGGCUGUCUUGCAUUGGCUGAACUGCUUGGCUGGAAGGUGAGAAACAGUUUGAGCGAAUACCAGCUUUGUCCCUCGCAUCCUGUUCGCAGGUUCAUUCCUUGCCAAGUGGGGAGCGAGGCAAGGAGUGAACCCGCGAACAGGCUGCGAGGAAAACUCUGAAGUUUGGUGUAGAGACCAUGGUUGAGACCAAAGCCCCCUUCAAGCAAGGAUGAGAGUUGGCAUUCACGUAUUGUUACAGGGGACAUUUCAAGCUCCAGAUUAACAAAAUAAAGGUUUGAUAAGUGUUCCAACUAUUUAACUUAAAUACAUGAUAGUGUUGAGAAAGCAUUAAGCUAACCAAGGUCACGUGACUGCCUCGUGCACUCUCAUCCUCGUUUCAUCGAGGCUUAAUAGACCUUUCCCCUUAUGAGUUAAAUUUUGAUCUAGAUAUGCCUGGGCAACAAUUUCAUCACAGCUUGAAAGAGCAUCACAAAAUUAGUAGUAUUCCGAAGUUUCUUUGCGAAAUGUUGUAAAAUGCGGAUAAUAUAGCCUUGCGUUUUUCAGUCAUUUUGUAUUAUACAAUCUAUCAUUUUGCAUCAGUUUGAUCAUCUGAUUAUCAAUUUCCCGUUUGUAAUACAAAAUGCCUGAAAAACGGCAAACUUCGCAAGGCUAUAUUAUCCGCAUUUUACAACAUUUCGCAACGAAACGUCGGAAUAUUACUAAUUUUGUGAUGCUCUUUCAAGCUGUGAUGAAAUUGUCCAGACUUGUCUAGAUCAAAAUUUCACUCAAAAGGGGAAAGGUCUAUUCCUGAACAAGAGACGUCGAUGUGCUGUCUUCUUUUUCAUGGAGUACAGACACAAACUAUGACACCUUAAAGAGCAGCAUAUUUACAGUUUUUCUACAGACUUAACUUUUAGUUAUUAACAUUUACAUGAUAGGACGAACUUGUGGAGUUAGUUAAGAACGAACAUAAAAGAAUUGACGAGAUGUCCGCAGCGGAAAAUAAACAUGAAGAAGGAAAAGAGGAAUUGUCUCAAGUGAAAGAUGACGUGGAAACACGAGAUGAUGGCAGCCGAGUGUCUGAUGAAAAACUGAGUGAGCAGUGUGUUGAGACAGCGGUGAGCUCUGAAGAAAAGAAAGUUGAUGGUGAUGGUGGUGAUGGUGGUGAUGGUGGUGAUGAUGAUGGUGAUGAUAGUGAUGAUGGUAGUAAGUCAGAACCAGUAACAUGAAAUAUUUUGACUGGAAGGGUAAUUUUAUUUUAGAAUGAUGCUCUGAGAUGGCGAAAAUCUCUAAUUUGAUAUUUAUAAUUCCUACACUGCACAAUUUUCCCCUCUUUGCAACGCAAGCGUUGGUUUAAAAUACGCAAUGCAAUCAAUCUGAAAACGCACCGUGUAAAACUGUUUUUAGCCAAAGUAACUUAAAUUAACAAUCCUAAAAUAAGUUUAUAACGUUAUAGAAAAUAGCGCCCUUUUUAUAUAACUUUCAGUGUAAUAAAUAUUGUAGAUAAAUAAGUAAGAAUAUUUAGAAUUGUGGGUCAAGUAUAUCAAGGAAUUUGCCUUAAAAUAAAAACAUUUGGGACGGAAUUGGAGAAUACAAACUAAACAAUGUUAGCAACAGGAACGCAGUUUUUAGAACAAAAUAUAUUAGGUGUGAUGCAAAAAUUUUAUUGCUGAAUAUUGUAUGUGAAAUUUAUCAUUAAUUAAGUAGUGUUACAGUGUGUUGAUAAUUGUAUAAUUAAAUAAAUUGGUUAAUUAGUUUGGCAACCAGCAUGUGGGUAAUUACAUUAAUUAAUUACAGUAAGUAUGGUAAAUUGUAUGUAUAUUUAUUUAAUUAGUUUGGCAGCCAGUUAAGCCACUUCAGGAAUUCUGGGAAUGAUAUCUUGCCAUCGCCAUCUGUAUCGAGAGAUUUUAAAGCCUCUGGAAUUUUGUCCUUUGGGCAGUUAAUGGCAAUCAUUAGCUGUGUGAAUUCAUCCUUUUCUAUCGAUCCAUUUCCAUCUGCAUCGAAUUUUUUGAACAUGUCAACAGCUUUUUUUAAUCGAAAAAACCUGGAAACAAAGAAAUGGUGCAUUAAGUAAUGUGAAUGCUGGGUUCAUGUGUACUAGACAGGGGGUAUAGGGGUGUGGAAAGUUGCUGCACACCCCCCCCCCCCUGAGUGACCUGUCAAUAAAAUCUGCAUG